UGUGUACUGUGUUUCGUCGACAGAUAAAUAAAUGUUGGAAGUGAGAGUAUGUUUAUUUAAUAUGAAUCUCUUUUGUUCUUUAUAUUUCAUUGUUGAUUUAUCUUUAUUACUUACAGGUGUAUUAAUACAAAAAUGAAUAAUCAAUUUUGUUACGAUGUUCAUCCAUUCAAAUAACCAGUUUGCAGUUUUGAUGUAAUAUAUUGGAGUCAAUUAAUGUACAAUAAUUUAUAAAUAUUACAAAGAUUAUAAUAUUAUAAUUAAAAAAUGGCUCCAGUACCUUUAGAAGGUCAUCAAACACCUGUAACCAACAAUAUUCCACAGGAAGGGAAUCGUGGUGGUUCCAUUUCUCUCGGCAUGCUUAUUGAUUUCAUCAUACAACGUACUUAUCACGAACUCACGGUGUUAGCUGAAUUAUUACCUCGCAAAACUGACAUGGAACGCAAAAUAGAAAUUUAUAAUUUUUCGGCUAGAACUCGACAGUUAUAUGUGAGAUUAUUAGCAUUGGUCAAAUGGGCCAACAGUGCUUCCAAAGUUGAUAAAUCUGCGCAUAUAAUGGCCUUUUUGGACAAGCAGUCUUUGCUUUUUGUCGAUACAGCUGAUAUGCUUGCAAGAAUGGCUCGUGAGACACUAGUACAUGCAAGAUUACCUAAUUUUCAUAUUCCUGCUGCUGUAGAAGUUCUUACAACUGGAACAUAUAAUCGCCUACCAGCGUGCAUAAGAGAAAGAAUUGUCCCUCCAGAUCCAAUUACACCAGCAGAAAAAAGAAGUACACUUCAGAGAUUAAAUCAAGUUAUUCAACAUAGAUUAGUUACUGGAAAUUUGCUCCCACAAAUGCGCAAUUUAAAGAUUGAGGCAGGAAGAGUGACAUUCCUUGUGGAACAAGAAUUUUCAGUAUCACUUACAGUAAUGGGAGAUGGUCCAACAGUACCUUGGAGAUUAUUAGAAUUGGAGAUUCUAGUUUCGGACAGAGAAACAGGAGAUGGAAAAGCUUUGGUGCAUCCAUUGCAAACUCGUUACGUACAUCAAGUGGUUCAAUCAAGGUUAGCAGAAAGUUCGAACCCGUUAUCUGAAGUUUACCAUAUUUUACACUAUUUCUGCCAAUCAUUACAAUUAGAAGUACUUUAUUCACAAACAUUACGAUUAAUACGAGAUAGAUUGGAUGAUCACAUUCAUGUGGAUGAAUAUACACCAGGAAAAUGUCUCUCAGUCUCAUAUUGGAGAGAAUUAACUAAUAAAGAUCCUCGAUCAGAGUUGGGAUAUAAAUUAACAGUUCAAGUUGAUCAACAUGAUCCUGCAAGGCCUCUUGCAAUAGUACAUGUUCCAUCUUUAGGCAGCAAGGAAAGUGAAAUAGCAGACAGAGCAAUUAGAUCAGAUCAAUUAUCAAUGGAAUGUUUGUUAGUGCAUACAAUAUAUGUACGUACUAGAAGUAGAUUAUUAGAUCUGAAGCAAGAACUGCAAACAAUGUUGAAAGAUAUUGAAUGUACACUAGCUGGUUCACCUGCGAUUCUCUCUGUUCCAAUUUUGCAACCUUGUUUAAGAGCGGAACAUUUAUUAGUUACCGUUGAUACGCAUACUGGAAUGUUGCAGUGUCAUGUACCUCAAUACGAAGUUCCUUUAAUUCCUGAAUUAACUACUGCUUUAAAUGGUGAUCAUUCUCGUCUUCCAACUUUAAUAUCAGAGCUUAGAUUUUGGAUAACACAAAGACGAUGUGAAAAAACACUUCAACAUCUCCCGGCAACUUCCCACGAACGUUUGCCAGUACUUCUUCAUCCUGAUCAUCCAAUGUCAAAGAUUAGUAGACAUCGUAUGUUUGUUCAACUCCAUCGACAUCCUACAGUAAUUUUAAUAGUAGCAUUUAAGGAAAAAGAAAUUUCACCAUGCGAAAUUGAGUGUUCGUUUUAUCUUGCUGUCGUAAAACAUAGUUCCAUAGAAGAUGAUCCUCAUGAUGAUAGCAUUGAGACAGAAAUUCCAAAAAUGUAUUUAAAAGUUCAAAGUUUAAUUGAGUUUGACACCUUUGUCAUAACUCAUGGUCCUUUCACUAGUGUUGAUAAUGAAGCUUCGGAAGCGAAUAACGCUAAACGAAGAAGUACAGGACCUAGUGGAAGAUCUGAUGCCAGUGCUACAUUACAGAACAGAAGAUCCAAACAACCUGCAUAUUUUAUUCCAGAGUUGGCACAUGUAGUUGCACUUUGUGAUGAAAGAAUACCAUUUGUAACAUUAGCACAAGAAUUAACUAAAAGAGAUAUAGCACAUCAAGGACUUCAAGUUGAAGCAAACGCUACUGCAUUAGUUUUAAAACUGGUUCAGUUACCUGCCCCGUCUAUAGGAAUAAGUACUAGCUGUGCUUGGUAUGCUCUUCUUAAAAGAUUACUCAGUGUUUCAAUUAGAGUUCAGGGUAAAGGUAUGGCUAAAACAUGGAUGGCUGAGUUUGUAUUUUAUGGAAGCCCUUUAUCUAGCAGCCAUCCAAAAGAACAAGGAUUACGAAGACCAGUAUAUUUUCAAUAUGAAAUGGGUACAGCAGAUACGGUUUCACGUACAGUAGAUGCAUUACUUAAUGAUUGGGCUCAAAUUGUAUAUCUUUAUUCUAUUGUACAUGAUUUAGCAGAGUAUUUCAAAAUGGAGAAAUAUAACUUGCGCAAUAUGAUUAGUAUAAAAUCAUAUAACUAUAGUAAAUUGGUUCUUAUUUAUGGGCCUAAUCGUGGAGCUACUGUUACUGUGCAAUGGAGUACCAAUGACAAAGCAUUUAAAUUAAUUUUUGGGAAAAGUCCAACUAGUACUAUUACUAAUGCUCAUUCAAUUAUGAAGGAACAACUUGAAGCUCAUUUAAAUAGACACAGAAAUUUAGCGCAACUUAUACACAUUCUUCAUGAAACACUUCAACCUCUCACAUCAAUCAGUAAAUUGCCUACGAUACCACAACUUUGUGUUUAUAAUUCGAGACCUCAAGUACCAGUACAAACUUUUACUAUCAUGCCACAAUGUGUAACUCUAGUCAGAAUUGCGUAUCAGGGUAUGUAUUGUUUAGAACUCCGUUUGCGAGGAAGUGGUUUAGUGAGUUUGCGAGAUGGAGCAUACAGCCGUUUUGAUAGAAGUUACGUUGUAGAUGAAUUCACUCCCACACAAGGUCUCAAGGCCUUUUUAUCUAAAUAUGUGGAUGAAAGUGCAGUCUCUCGUAGAAGAUCUCAAUCAGAAGAUGAUAAUCCUCCUUCUCCCGUAACCAUGGAUAGCGAUGGUGGCAGUGGAAGUGGAAAUGUAGGUUUUUUAAGUCAUCAUAGAAGCGGACCCCAAUCACCUGCACAACAAAGAGAUGGAUUAAGAUUUCAUCCACCUUUAACUCCACCUUCUGGUAGUAAUCCUCAUACUCCAGCUAGUCCACAUACUGCUAACAUAUCACAGACAAAUCAACAUCAAAGUUUUGGAAGUAGUCCAGCCACUUCCUUCAAUUUGGCUUCACCACCGUCACUGCCACCGAAUACUCCCAACAUGUUACCGCAUCCUUCACCAGGUUCUGGAUUAGUUGCUAAUAGUCCUCUAAAUCCGAUGCAUGUUCCUAGUCCAGCUGGAUUAAUGCCAACAUCUUCACCAGGACCAUGUAGUAAUGUUCCAGUAGGACAUUCUCCUGCAGGAUCCUUCAUGCAAACUGGACAUAUAGAUGGAAGUCCAUUCCCAUCUUCACAGAGCAUGGCUUCUCCGGCAGCCUCUAAUUGGCCAGGAUCACCUACUGUACCUAGACCAUCUCCAGCACGUCCUGCACAGAGUCCAGGGCACGCAGCGUUACAUAGUCCACAAGCUUCCGAUCAUAAAGCUGGAACUCAUAUCUCAAGAGUACUUCCUCAACGUUCAUGGGCAGGAGCUGUACCCACGCUUCUAACUCAUGAAGCUUUGGAAUUACUUUGUUGUCCUUCUCCACACCCUUCUGGAUUUCCUAGUCCUGAUCUUUCGCCACUUGAAAGAUUUUUGGGAUGCAUUUAUAUGCGCAGACAGUUUCAACGAUUCAUACAAACUGAUGAUUGUUUAACAGCGAUAAAUAGUACAGAACCAGGAGUUGUACACUUUAAGGUAGAAAGUUUACAGUGUCGGGUUGGCUUAAAUCCACAACAUUUACAAUCUCUUCACAUAAAGGUACAACCUCUUCCAGAACAUAAAGAUCAAUGGACACUUGAGGAAUUACAAAUUAUAGAAAAGUUUUUUGAUACAAGAGCAGCAGCACCGCCAUACAAACCGAAUACGCUUUCCGGUUUUGGUAGAAUGUUAAACGUUCCAUUCAACGUUUUAAAAGAUUUUGUACAAAUUAUGAAAUUGGAAUUAGUACCUGGCUUAGCGCAACAACAGCAACUUAAAUGGAACGUGCAGUGGUGCUUACGAAUUCCUCCUUCUGCAACUCCAAUUGUACCCACUGGCAUGGCUGCAGUACUAGUUUGCAGAAAUAAAAUUCUUUUCUUUUUACAAAUAACAAGAAUUGGAUUACCAUAUCAAGGAGAAACACCGUCGCUCGUUUUACCACUGGUUUACGAUGUUAGUACAAACUUGACGCAAUUAGCAGAGAAAAGAGAUCCAAGUCCUGCUUCAGCAAUGGCAGCAGCGUCUUUGCAAUUAAAGAGAUUUGCCGAAUAUGGUGCGAAUCAGUCCGAAUGUUCCCUGUUUCCUGCAGUUAGAGAUUUAUUAGCCAACUUGACUCUUCCUUCAGAACCUCCAGUUAUGUCUCAGGUAGUUCCAUCGCCAGCUAGUGGCCAAGUAACACCAACACAACAGAUUCAAAGUCCUGCGAUGCAAUUGCAUUCACCUAUGGCUGGAAGUCAAGGUCCUCCGCAAGCAUAUGGAAUUCAAGGUAUGCCUCCAAUGGGCAUAAUGGGUGGACCACCUCAAUAGGACAUGCUUUACUCUCCUAACCCCCUAAGCUUACCGAAUCAGUCAACAUGGAUCAACUGAAUCGUAUUGUAAAGUCCGUUUUAAAAAUAUGCAUAAGUCUUUCUUAUUUUUUUAAUACAACGGACCAUAGUGGGGAAUUGUAGGAGAGUUGUUUCAUCAAGAAGAAAGCUUAUUUCGUAAAAUUUCGUAUUGUUAACUGUAUUUGUAAAAAUUGGAACUAAUAGUCAAAAUAUUAUUCAUGUAACUUUACACACAUUACAAACGAAUAGUAUUAGCAUUAAAUUUAAGGAUAGACGGACCACUUUCAUUUGCAAGUGAUUUAUCAAUUAAUCAAUAAUUGAUUAAUCAAUAAUUUACUUUCAAUAAAUUUUAUCUCUCUUUUAAUAAUCUUGUACUUUUACAUAAUUGUGUAUUGUUAUGUUCAAGACAUCAGUUGUAAAAAAAAAUUAUAUUGUAAUCUUUUUUUAUAGUACAAAUCUCACGGUGUUAAAAGAUAAAUUACAAAAAUCAUUCAUAAUAUUUUAAAUUCUUUAUGAGAAAGACCAAACUUUUUUGAAUUUUUCAAUUUAGUAAAUUGUAGAAAAAGUUAAUUAUGGCAACUAAAACUUUUUUUUUAUUAU